CUUCCCAAGCAGUUCUCAAGGAUGUGAUGCUUUUCUUCGCCACAAGAUGACUCUGAUUUCUCCAUCAAUAUUGAAGAAGUAUGGAAUUCCUUUUGACAAGGUUACACAAGAGGCAGGAGAAUUUAUGAUUACUUUCCCAUAUGGAUACCAUGCAGGAUUUAACCACGGUUUUAACUGCGCGGAGUCAACAAACUUUGCCACCAUCCGAUGGAUUGAUUAUGGAAAAGCAGCGAAGUUGUGCACUUGUAGGAAAGACAUGGUGACAAUAUCCAUGGACGUCUUUGUGAGGAAGUUUCAACCAGAUAGAUACCAGCUGUGGAAACAAGGCAAAGAUUUAUACACCAUUGAUCAUACUAAACCAACUCCUGAAUCAACACCUGAAGUAAAGAUCUGGCUACAGAGAAGAAAGAAAAUAAAGAACGUUCCCAAGUGCUUUCCACACACCAGAUCCCGAUCUAAAAAGCUUAAAACUCCAGAGGACAAGAGAGUAUCUGCUAUGGUAGCUGGUGCAGAAAUCAUAACGACUGAAGCAGCUAGUGAUGGCUUCAAGGUCAAUGAAGAACCUGGAAAAAAAGUGAGACUGGUAAACACAGGAGUGCCUUCUGGGGAAGAAGAAAACAGUAGUAGAAUGCAGCUGGAUCAACAUUUAUUGGAUAAUGUCAAGGUUGCAGGAAGCAUACAUUCAGACUCGUUUUCAAGCCCUGUUCCUGUACUAGAGAAAACAAAAAUGGAAGAUGAGGACAGGACAGAUUCCAGUCAUCCUCUGUUUACAUGUGAAGAUUCUGUGGCCCACAUGCUGACUCCUGAUAGCUGUAGAACAGAAGACAGUUUGAAAUCUCACAAUCAGCCUGUUUCAUCAGUACCGCACUAUAAGUCAGAGGGACCGGCUUCUGAAGCGGAAAACCUAAAUAAAGAGGAAAAUGUCUCAGUAGAGGAUGAUGUCAGUGACCUAGAAAGCUGUGGAGAUAGCUUGGAACACGGAGAAGUGCCUGUUGUGAAAAAUGAUGAAGAUGAUGGCAUGGAAACAUCCAGUUCAGUGGAAGUUGAAAGAAAGAAAAUAUCUAAGAGUUGGCGUCAUCCACUAAAUAAACCCCCAGCUAGAUCUCCAAUGACUUUCGUUAAACAGCAGGCAACUAGCGAUGAAGCGGCUAUGGACAGUCAUUCCCUGGAUUCUUCCCUGAGAUUCAAAAGCACAGAACCCUUUUGCCUGUCCCCUGAGCCUUCUUCAGUUUCAGAACUGCCUGAGACUGCCUUAAUUGAAGAGGAAAUUCAAGAGACGGAGACAUGGGCCAGGCCUCUGGUCUACCUUUGGCAGACGAGAGCACCCAAUUUCAAUGCUGAAAAAGAAUACAAUGCAGCUUGUGCAAAAAAGGAGCCACACUGUGCCAUUUGUACUCUUCUCAUGCCAUACUACAAGCCAGACAAUCAUGAUGAAGGGAGUCCUACUUUCGGGGAAGCAAACUCAGCAGAAACAUUGAUGGCUGAAAAUGAAAAGACUAAGCCUCUUAUUCCAGAGAUGUGUUUUAUUUAUAGUGAAGAAAACACUGAAAACUAUCCAUCAAAUGCCUUUAUUGAAGAGGAUGGAACAAGUCUUCUGAUUUCUUGUGCAAAAUGUUCUGUACGGGUUCAUGCAAGUUGCUAUGGUGUUCCUCCUCAUGAAAUCCAUAAUGAAUGGUUGUGUUCCCGAUGCAGAAAAGAAGCCUGGACAGCCGAAUGUUGUCUCUGCAACUUGAGAGGUGGUGCAUUAAAGCAAACUACUGACAAUAAGUGGGCACAUGUAAUAUGUGCAAUUGCCAUCCCAGAAGUCAGAUUUGGUAAUGUCACAGAACGUACACCGAUAGACACUGGCAGAAUACCUUUGCAAAGAUUAAAAUUGAAAUGUAUGUUCUGCAGGCAGAGAAUUAAGAAAAUCUCUGGUGCCUGCAUUCAGUGUUCAUAUGGAUGCUGCCCAGCCUCUUUCCAUGUUACCUGUGCCCAUGCUGCAGGAGUGCUGAUGGAACCCAAUGACUGGCCAUAUGUUGUCUACAUCACGUGUUUCAGGCACAAGAUCAACCAAAAUAUGAGAGCUAAAGCACGUGAGAAAGCCAUUACAGUUGGGCAGACGGUCAUAGCCAAACAUAGAAAUACACGAUACUACAGUUGCAGAGUCAUAGGAGUUACAUCUCAACUUUUCUAUGAAGUAAUGUUUGAUGAUGGCUCUUUCAGUCUGGAUACUUUUCCUGAAGACAUUGUGAGCAGAGAUUGCCUGAGGCUGGGCCCACCUGCAGAAGGAGAGGUUGUCCAAGUGAAGUGGCCUGAUGGAAAACUGUAUGGUGCAAAGUAUCUGGGAACAAACACAGCUCACAUGUAUCAGGUUGAAUUUGAAGAUGGUUCUCAAAUAGUAAUGAAGAGAGAAGAGAUCUAUACACUAGAUGAAGAGCUUCCUAAGAGAGUAAAAGCACGUUUUUCUACAGCUUCUGACAUGAGAUUUGAAGACACAUUUUAUGGAGCAGAUAUCAUCUUGGGAGAGAAGAAGAGGCAGAGAGUAUUGAGUUCCCGCUUUAGGAACGAAUACGUGGAUGAUCCAGGGUACCGCACCUUCUUAAAGAGCUCAUUCCAGAAGAAAUGCCAGAAAGGACUAUAAAGGAAGCAAGGGAGAGAGGGGAGUGUUGAUUAAAAAGCAUGUGAUGUUAUUUGCAAUUGGUUUCAGUUUAAUUGAACACUCGGUUUUAUAGUGAACUAAUCCAUACACCAGCCUCGUAAGCUGAAGUACUUGAGUUCUGAUUUCUUCAGUUAAUGUUUAAGAGUUUUUAUGAUGUAUUGCGUUAUGAAACAAAGGGGGAAACCAAGUGAAAGUAAGAGGAAUUACACAGUGGUAUGCUGAACAAAACUUUCAGUCCUGGUUGCAUUGAAAUAAGUGGUAAAUUUCCCUUCAAAUUACAAGAGAAGAUUCACACAGAGGAGACAUUUUAGUAAACGGAUAAUUUCAGUGACUCCAUUUUUCUGCAGACAGGAAAGGGCGUUAAGUUCAAUAAUGAGAGUUUUUAUAAAAUAUUUUUAAACAAAUACAGAUAUGUACAGUAUUGAGACAAAAGCUGUACUUACUCUGUGCACUGCUUAUACAUUUUUAUGUCACUACUGCUUUCAGUAAGGUUUGAUGGGGACUCAACUGUUCACUUAGAUAUUUCUGGCUUUUAAGAAAGGUAUCUUCAGCGCCAGCAAAGUUGUUUUGUACAUUUUAAAGAGAGAUUUUGGCAGUUAUUUUUGAACAUGUUUUUGAUAAGGUCUAUUAAAAAUGGCUAUUUGUAAAAUAUAAUGUUCUUUCAUUACAUGUAUGAAAAAUUAGAGUUUAAAUAUAUAUGCUUAACAGACUAGUUUUGAAUGAAUAUAUUAUGGUCUUCAUUUUAAAAUAAUAUUCUAUCAAUGUAAUAAUGUUUUAAAAAACCCAAACAAAUAAAUACUAUCCUUUUACUUGCA